UGGGCAACCAGUUUUCAGCACAAAUAUGUUGCAAUGGCUGCAAAGAACCAUGGGGAGACAUGAGUGAAGAUAACUAUAAUUAAUAUGCAAGGGAACAUCAAAACAGAUAUUGUCCUUGCUGACAGUGAUAUCAAAAAGCAAUUCACAAACUUGGAAAACCAUGAUGGUUCUCCGAUGUUCUUUACUCCUCCAGGCAUUGCUAAUAAUCCAGACUCAAAGAUUGCCAAGAAAAGAAGCUCCAAGAAGUUUAUCAAUGAUAAAAUUUAUGGAGAUAUAGAUGAGCCGAUGAUCAUUGAAAAAUAUUCCAAAUAAACCUUCUGAUGACAUUCAGAGAGCAAUAGAUCGAGAGAAUAAUACAUCCUGGGUAAAAGAAAUAUCAAAAAGCCUUUCUCUAAUACAAUCAAGAGAGAAUUCUGUGGGAGAUGUAUGCCCAUCAACAAAUCAAGAAGGCGAAACCCUUGAAAUAAGGGAUCCUUCAAAAGAUAAUCCAAGAGAUGAUCUAAAGACUGUUCUAAGGAGCAAUAAUAACUCGAGAUCAAACCCCAGCUUUGCUGACAACCAGGCUAAAGCAUCUAAUAACAGAGAAGAAGUCAUUCAUAAUGACCUUGACCAUGAAAAACUCAACAAAAUAUAAGUAAAAACCAAGUUCUUUCUGAAGAAAGCAAGCAAAGUGUUGAAGAUAAUGAAAAUGAUCAGGGACCCAAACAGCCAAUUUUAGAUCAUCAGAUAACUUUCAACCCGAAUAAGAUUAUAAAUGUCCAAGAUCAUGAAGAUAUUAACAAUGAGCCUGAUCUCUCAGAAAUCGGCCCUCCAGCUGAAGGCAAGCAAGUAGACUGGGAAGAGUUUGAUAAACUAGAUUACACGACUAGAAAAGAGUACUGCAAAGGUAUCGAAGGGAGCGAGGAUGCUGAUUUCGAGCUCCAAGAUAACCAUGAAUUCCUCCAAGAGUCCAAAGAAAGAGACACUUUCUUCACCUUACCCUCUAGGACCUCUAAUCAAAUAGAAAGAUAUGCUUUUAAACGGAUUGAAAGGAAGCUGAAAACUGUUGAUCUGACCAAAACAGAGUAUGUUUCUCCGAAAAAUUCAUCCCUAACCAAUCAGCACCUUAACAUCUGCAACUUCAAAUGUGUGGAUGUAGAAGAUGAAGAUAAAAUUUUGCAAGAGUAUCAUGGCCUCAAAGAAGAUCUAGAGCUACAAACUAUUAAUGAAGUAUCAGUAGAGUUCUCGAGGCCGAGUGAGAUUAAUUCAAGGAGAAGCUCGAUGUCUCCCAAAACCCUACCUCUUAAGACUGAAGAUAGUAGCCAUAUCAUCAGGGAUACCCUCAUUUUCCUUCCUCAAAAUUCAGAUGAACGAAUAAGCCUCCACUGAGAGUUCUCAGGGGAGUGCAUUGAAUGAUAUGAAGAGUCCAAAGAGGGACUUAACUUCUUCAUGAAAAUUGACACUGAUUGAAUUCAUAAAAUCCUCCCUUGAUAUGGUGGAGGCCUCCAAACUCCAAGAUAUAGAUUUGAGAUUGUCAUGAAAGAUGAAGAUGCAUUAACAGAAGGUAUACAUCACAACAUUCAAAAUCAUAACCAACAUCCCCUAAAAGAAGAAACCACCUCCAAGACCACCCUACACUUCACCUUCUGCUGUAACGACCAACAAACCUACGAAAAAUGGCUGACCUCCACCACAAACUCCCUCUAACCACACCAAAAAC